CAAUUAGCUUUUGCUUAGGUCAAAUAUAUAACUUACCCUACCAAACAACAGAUGGCGCGUUUUUUAUUCAAAUAAAUUUAUAUUAACGAAAACAAAUUUACGUAAAAUUUUUACUUAAUGGCCUCUAAAAUUAUAUAUCCUAAACCUUUGCCUCAACUCAUUAAACAGAAUUUCCCUUUAGAAACUGGUUUCACACCCACUGAAAUAGUGGCUUUACAGAAUGGCUGGUGUUUAAUUAAGCGCCGUUUAAACUAUCAUUCUGCGAAAAUCUUUACGGACUUUUUCAGUGAAAAUUAUUUUCUGUUGGAAAGAUUUCGUAAUGUUGAGAUUGGAAAAUUCAAUUUAAGUAAUUUGCAUCAACAUCCUGCACAGUUAAUGAAUAUCUAUGGUAGUCUUAUUGAAAGUGGUCUUAAUGAUGUGGCCUUUAUUAACAUGUUAUUGAGUGAUGUGGGUCAAAGACAUCAGUUGUAUGAAGUUACAUACGAUGAUGUUAAGUUACUUACCGAUCAUAUACAGUUAUAUGUUAUAGAAUUUUUAGAUAAAGUAAAGUCGACCACCUUCCUAAAUGGUUUAACAAAAUUAAGUGAACUUAUCAAUGAACAUCACAGGGUAAAGGCUGAAGAUGAAGAGCAAACAGCAAGAAGACAAAGUGAUGAUACUAAUUAAACAAAAAAAACAAAAAUUCAAAAUUUCAUUAGUAUUAAAUUUCCCUUUGCAAACACUCAUACGUAUGAUUAAUAUCAUAUCAUAAUAAUUAAUAAUACUUAUACGUCCAGUUGACUGCAUUUCAAAAUAUGACAUCUUGAUGGGUAAAAUUGUUUGCAAAAUUGUUUAUAAAAUAAAACCGAGUAAUAAAUUCCAAAUUAUAAAACAGUGAUAAUAAUACUGAUGAGCAUGAUUAUGAUGAUAAUGACGAUAAUCGUAUUUGUAAUUUGAACUACUGCUAGUGAAACAUGUUCUCCUUUCGUGCUGUUGACUUUCCAACUCAUUUACUCUCAUUUACCCUCAUCCAGCAACAAGUGGAUUUGUUAUUUCGUUGAGGUUUGGUUGUGGGUUCUGUCGGCCUGUUUCGCUUUACUCUGUAAUGAUUUUAC